UCGAUUUCCAUUUAAAAGUAAAAGGGAAAAAAAAAAUCAAAGUGAAAACCCUCAAAUGCACGAACUUCCUCGACGUCGAGCGAAUACUAUAUCACGCCUCCACAGCCUCUUAUUAUUGUAACCAAAAGCACCCUCCUCUUUCCUUCCUCCUUUCUUUUAUUUUCUACGACACUUUACAACAAAACCUAAAGAAUUAGUAAUAUUGGAUCCCCGGCACGCUUCUUUUCGUUUUUUUUCUUGCAAUUGCUAUUUCUUCAUUAAUGUUCGCCUCUUUCAUUUUGGUUUGCCGUUACUUCCCAAUUUCCAGGAUUGUUGCAAUUUCUAGUUAGGGUUUUUUAUUUUCUCACCGCCCAUAUUGUUCCCCAUUUCAUUACUUUAUAGGUCGGGAGGGUUUAGAAAGUUGCUAGGGAGGAAAAGUGCUUUAGGAUUGCAUGGGAGAGCAUGAAGGGUGGGCGGCACAGCAGCCACUUAGCGGGCUAUUGCCGAACGGAUUGUUACCGAAUGAAGCCGCCUCGGCGGUUCGGGUACUUGACUCGGAGCGAUGGAUGAAGGCCGAGGAAAGAACAGCUGAACUCAUUGCCUGCAUUCAGCCCAAUACACCCUCGGAAGGUCGACGUAUUGCUGUAGCUGAUUAUGUCCAGCGCCUCAUUUCUAAGUGCUUCCCUUGUCAGGUGUUUACUUUUGGGUCUGUGCCCCUCAAGACAUAUUUGCCUGAUGGGGAUAUUGACUUGACGGCCUUCAGUAAGGAUCAAAGUUUGAAGGAUACAUGGGCUCACCAGGUUCGGAAUAUGCUGGAAAAUGAAGAAAAAAAUGAAAAUGCUGAAUUCCGAGUUAAAGAAGUUCAGUACGUUCAGGCUGAGGUGAAGAUAAUUAAGUGUCUUGUAGAAAGUAUUGUGGUAGACAUUUCAUUUAAUCAACUUGGUGGAUUAUGUACUCUUUGUUUCCUUGAAGAGGUUGAUCGCUUGAUAAACCAGAACCAUUUGUUCAAACGUAGCAUCAUUUUGAUAAAGGCCUGGUGUUAUUAUGAGAGCCGCAUAUUGGGUGCUCAUCAUGGACUUAUCUCAACUUAUGCCCUGGAAACCUUGGUUCUUUACAUAUUCCAUGUUUUCAAUAAGCCCUUUUCUGGACCACUUGAGGUCAUGUAUCGAUUUCUUGAGUUCUUUAGCAAGUUUGAUUGGGAAAACUUUUGCGUCAGCCUCUGGGGUCCUGUUCCGAUUAGUACUCUGCCAGACAUAACUGCUGAACCUCCUCGGAAAGAUGGUGGAGAGUUGUUACUUAGCAAGUAUUUUCUUGAUACUUGUAGUUCAAGAUAUGCUGUUUGCCAAGAAAAUCAGGGCCAGCCCUUUGUUUCUAAACAUUUCAAUGUGAUUGAUCCUUUGCGUAUAAAUAACAACCUUGGGCGUAGCGUCAGUAAAGGUAAUUUCUUUAGGAUACGCAGCGCAUUUGCAUUUGGAGCUAACAAGUUGACAAGGAUACUUAAUUGUCCCAAAGAAGACCUCUAUUAUGAAGUAAAUCAAUUUUUCAUGAAUACAUGGGAAAGGCAUGGAAGUGGCCAACGCCCUGAUGCACCCAGGAAUGAUCUGUGGCGCUUGAGGUUGUCAAAUUUGGCUGACACUCAUGGACUCAACAAUGUCAGGAGCACUUCAAGCAGCAGAGGCAAUGAUAUUUCCUCUGGGCAUGACACUCAAGCUGAAGGAGUUCAAGGAUCACGCGGUGUUUCCUCACAUCAUGUUAAUUAUCCAUCAGAUAGCACAAGUAAGAUUAGUGAUGUAUCUACUGUUUCUCAUACUCGAAGCCAAAAGAGUUACGGUAGCAUUAGCAACACAAAGACCUCUGAUAAGGUUAGACGGAAUUCUAAUUCCAAUAAGAAUGCACACAAUGAUAAAGGUCAGAGUUCUGAUGCUAAGGAGAACUUGGUGACUGAUGUUCAAGGAAGAUAUCUUUUUGCAAGGACUCGUUCUAGUCCUGAGCUUACUGAAACAUAUGGGGGAGUUUCUUCACAGGGAAGGCGGAACAGAGUGCCUGAGGGUGGGAAAACCCAGAUUGCUUCCAUGAGUUCAGAUAAUAAUGGAAUAAAGAAUAUUGAAUCCGAUAUGAAGACAAGUCAUAACAUUAAAUCUUCAGGUGAUGAUCCUUCAUCUAUUAGGCAUACCUCAACACGCCCGACCAUUGAUGCUGUUGGCGAUCCAAAUGGUCCUAUAAAUAGUUACCAAAAUGAUUUUGGCUUGGGAACUAUGGGUCAGGAUUUUUCUUCAGUUCCUGGUGCACAAGUUAUGCCACAAGAAGAGCAAGAUCUAGUGAAUUUGAUGGCAUCUACAGCUCAUGGCUUUAAUGGUCAGGUUCCUAUUCCAUUAAAUUUAGCUGCAGGUCACUUGCCUUUUCACAUCCAAUCUCUAUUAAUGGGAUACAAUCAGAGAAAUUUGAGUGGAAUUCUUCCUACAAAUUUUCAAAUGUUUCCCCAAGGAUCGGUCUCUUCUCCUUUGGCCCAUUAUUUUCCAGGCAUUGGAUUAGCCUUAAACCCAGAGGAUCAAAUUGAGCCUUCCAGUGAAAAUUUUGGUUCUCCUGAAAUAAACCUAGGGGAAACGGAAAAUGAGUUAUUGCAUGAACAUGACAGGGGCUCUAGUGGUGGUUUUGAUCUUGAUAAUGGGGUUUUUGAAGUGCUUCAUUCAAAUGAUAAACAAUUGGCAACUUCAGCUGGCUAUAGUUUUGUUACUCAAUUUAGAGUAGGCGGCUCAGGUAGUUCUGAAGUCCAACAGAAGUCUUCUAAAGAAACUCUAGGAUCAACUAGGGAAGAUCAUGUAGAUGUUUCCCAACAUCAUGAUACCAGAAGUAAUGAUGCUUGCUUUGAUGAAAGAACUGCAAAUUCAAGAUCAUUGUCUGCUUCGUAUACUAGUUCACUUAGAAGUAAAACCUCAUCUGAAAGUUUUUGGGAAGGUUCAUCAGCAAAGGUCUCUAAACCAGCUAGGGAGAAACAGGGUAAGAAAACAGCUGCUUCUGUGAUUCUGUCCACUGCAGGUGGGAAAGGUAAGAGUGUAUCUGAGCAUUCCUCUCAGGCAGAUGAUGAUGGCAGAGACUGGAAUCCACCAUCAGUGGUGGGCACUGAAAUGGCAGAAAGAACUACUGGACCUCAAUCAAUAGGUUCUUUUCCUGUUCCAAGUCAUCGAAUGCCUGGAUUUGAGGCAAGUCAAGGAAGUGGCUCAGAUUCGAUGAUACCCAUUGCUCCAUUCCUUCUAGGUCCAGGUGCAGGGCAAAGAAAUAUGGAUAAUUCCGGAGUUCCUCCCCUGGCCUUCACAAUAACAGGGCCACCAGUUCCAUUUUUGUUUUGCCCUGUGUACAACAUUCCAACUGAAGCAGGAACUUCAGUUGCAUCAACAAGCCAUUUUAGUUGGGAUGAAGCUUUGGAUAACAAUGAUUCAGGACAAAAUUUUGAAUCAUCUGAGGGGCCUGAUCAGUCUGAUGCAUUAAAUACGUCUAGUUCUACUAGAAAGGUUUCGUCUCUUGAUCCAUUGGAGCAUAAUGACAUUCUUAAUGGUGACAUUGCUAGCCAUUGGCAAAACCUGCAGUACGGACGGUUUUGCCAAAAUCCGCGAUACCCUCCAAUGAUUUAUCCUUCACCUGUUGUGGUGCCACCUGUCUAUUUACAAGGUCAUUUCCCAUUGAAUGGUCCUGGGAGACCUUCAUCAAAUGUGAAUCCCUUCCCCCAAUAUAUUAAUUAUGGACCUCGUGUUGUUCCUGUUACACCUCUCCAAUCCAUUUCAAAUAGACCUGCCAAUGUAUAUCAAUGGUAUGUUGAUGAAAUGCCUAGACAUCGCAGUGGUACUGGGACAUAUCUGCCAAACCCUAAAGCUCCAAUGAGAGAACGCCAUUCUGCAAAUGUGAGGAGGGGAAAAUAUAAUUUUGAUAGAAAUGACCACCACAGUGAUAGAGAUGGAAACUGGAAUGCAAAUUCAAAGCCCCGACCUGCUGGACGGAGUCAUAGCCGUAAUCAAAAUGAAAAAUCAAGGUUCACAUUUGACCAAUUCGCUGUCGUUGCUGGUGAGAGCAGAGCUGAGAGGCCUUGGGGUUCACGUAGGCAUGAUUCAUUUACGUCAUACCAGUCUCGUAAUGGACCCAUCCGUUCAAACUCUUCUCAAAGUAAUUCAGCUAGCAUGCCAUAUGGCAUGUACCCACUGCCAGCCAUGAACCCUGGUGGGGUAUCAUCUAAUGGACCUACAAUGCCACCUGUUGUCAUGCUCUACCCGUAUGAUUAUAACUCUGACUAUGGCUCUCCCGCUGAACAGCCUGAGUUUGAAUCUCUUGGACCAGUGGGCUUCUCAGGCAUGAAUGAAGUAUCACAGCUAAGUGAUGGAAACAGCUCAGUUGGGGUAUUCAAUGAGCAAAGGUUUUAUGGUACCUCUGCUCAAUGGUCUUCACAGGACCAGCCUUCUUCACCCCACUUUCAAAGCGACUGGGUAGAUGGUGUAGUAAUUUCCAUUGGCAAUACCUGAAUGAGCUUGUUUGGAAAUUGCUGCCUGCUCCCAACGUCCUUCUACCAUGACAUAGACCACAGUUGCCACACUCUUCCAGGAUGGUGUUCUGGUAUUUCCAAUGAGCAGCCCUGAAGAAUUAACAAUUGAGAGAAGUGAAAUGGUCACCCCCUUCCCCUUCCGUUUGAAGGAAGAAAUGAGGGUUGGAGAGCCUAUACUGCAAGACCGUCCCUUCACCAGGCAUUUAUGUUCUCACGAAAGCAAGAAGUACAUUUCUGAUUCUGAAUUGGUUUUCUCACGAGAUGAUUGGUUGGUCACACAUGCUUGUUGCCUUGUGCUUGUAUGUACACUACAAACGAUAGAAAUCGUUUUCGGAGGUGCUCUGUUUUUUAAGGUACUGAAAACUGGAAAAAGAAGGCAGGACUCGAAGGCGAAAUGAGUUUAGGGUUCUAUACAUUGUAUAACUGAAACAGGUGCUCCUUAGGCUUAAAACUGAAUUCUGUAUCAUUUUAUAAACAGCAUUAUAGGGUUUUUCGUUUUUUAUCUUAAAUUUUUUUUCAGUCUAUUAGCCCUCUUUUGGUGAACUUUCUUGUUGAAAGUCACCAGUGUACCGAUAACAUUUUCCAUGGUGAAAAAAAAAAAGUUGAUUAGAAUUUA